GCGUGCCAGAGGUGUUUCCUUUGCUAUUUAUUCUACUGUUGGGCAGCGGGUUAGACUUGUCUGACGCAGAUCGCUUUUCUCCGGUCGGUCCACAAGGAGUCUUCAAGGAUUUGCCUGCGAAAAUGUCAAAAGACGUUGUCCCACGUGAGCCGGAGCAGCUCCGCAAGCUGUUCAUUGGCGGUUUGAGCUUCGAGACAACAGACGAAAGCCUGCGGGCUCACUUUGAACAAUGGGGAAGCCUUACAGAUUGUGUGGUCAUGAGGGAUCCCACCAGCAAGAGGUCACGGGGUUUUGGCUUUGUUACAUAUUCAUCCGUGGAUGAGGUUGAUGCAGCAAUGCAUGCCCGCCCCCAUAAAGUUGAUGGAAGAGUUGUUGAACCUAAACGAGCAGUCUCCAGGGAGGACUCAAACCGGCCAGGUGCCCACGUAACAGUGAAAAAGAUCUUUGUUGGGGGCAUCAAGGAAGAUACAGAGGAGUCACACCUGCGAGACUACUUCUCACAAUUUGGCAAAAUUGAAGUUAUUGAUAUCAUGACUGACCGCAAUACUGGAAAGAAGAGGGGCUUUGCUUUUGUGACUUUUGAUGAUCACGAUUCAGUCGACAGGAUUGUCAUCCAGAAAUACCACACAAUCAACUCCCACAACUGUGAAGUGAGGAAGGCGCUCACACGGCAGGAGAUGCAGACUGCAGGAAUGGGUAUGCGGGGUGGUCGCAGCAGUGGCGGCGGAAGGCCCUAUGAAUACGACAGAGGCUUCAGCCAGGGUGGUAGGGGUAGAUAUGGAGACGGUCCUUACAAUUGCAAUGGAGGUGAUGGUGGCUAUGGAGGUGGUCCCGGUGGUCCUGGAGGAUAUAAUAAUGGCGGCAAUCGUGGUUAUAACCAAGGUUACAACCAGGGUGGCGGCGGCGGAGGAGGCGGUGGCGGUGGCUAUGGAGGAAACGGUUAUGACAGCAAUGGCUAUGGCAACUGUGGAGGUGGUGGUGGAGGAGGCGGUGGUAAUAAUUACAACAGCAUGGGCCACUACAACCCCCAGGAGUCUAACUUUGGCCCAAUGAAGAACAACUUUGGUGGAGGUGGUGUUGGCAGGAACUUUGGAGGUGGUGGCUACGGAGGUGGCUCCAACAAUGGUGGUGGAUACGCCCGUUCAGGACGAUUUUAAAAUCUGAAGUGGACUGAGUACUUAGGAGAGGAGAGCAAGGAGAGGAGAGCAAGCGAAGUGACAGGGCAGCUGCAGGUUUACCUCCUAAAUCUGCUCAGCCAAACAGUUGUGGCAGGUUACAGCUGCUGCAAGAAGAGAUGUAAAGUAGAUAAAUCAUGGAGGGGCAUCUUUAACUUUUUGUGUUUUUUCAUCUGUGUUUCUGGAAAGCAAGCAUUCCAAGGUUUUAUGUAGAUUUUUUUUCUUUCAGUCUGGUUUUAUUUGUAACUGCAUCUAAUCAAGCUGAAAUAAACCAUCUUUCAGUUUUUUUACAAAGUGUUGUUAGCCUCUUGAGUGGUUUGGGAAAGGGAGGGUUCACUAUUAGGUGUUGCACAAUGUGGGAUGAGGGACAUGUUGCAAAUGAUGUGAGGGUCAAAAAAGACGUGUGAAGCCCUGCACUACAUACACCACGAGUCAAUGCAUUUACAUUAUCUACACAAUACUGGUUGAGGAAUGAGAGGUGGUGCACAAAUACUGUCAUCAAAGAGCCCAUCACUUGGUACAGACUCUACCCUGAGUUCUGCAAAGAUCAACUGGAGGAUGCUAGCUUACAUGCAAAGUCUUUGAGGCUAGUCAUGGAAGCCAGCUGAGGGAGAGAAGUAGCAAAACCAUCGCCAGGAUCAUUGAAGCAGGGGAGAGUGAGAACAGAGGCCUGAGGCUAGCAGGCAGCAGCUACCAAAAGGCUUAAGUGCUGUCUGUAGGUAAGACCAGACUUCUCAACUACUGAUAGUAUGUCUUGCUUUUGUCAUGUAGCUGGUAGUAAGUUUUGUAGCCCAGUAAUGAAAACAAUUUUGUGCAAACAAGUUUUAUUAUGACUUACACCAAUGUUGACUGGUAAAAUUGGCCUCCUAAUUGUCAAUGAGGCCCUAAAACAUAUUGCAUGCUGAGAACAAAAUGAUUUUCUCUUUCCCAAAAAGAUGUUUUACUCAUUGGUAUCUGCUUUUCUAGGAAACUUCCUACAUGGUCUCCAAAACCUGACUGUCAUUUCAAUGUCAAUGGCUCAAUCAGGUUUCCAGAACAAUCAUGCUGGUGCAAUACUUUUUUACAUGGUUUUUUAACUGAAGACUGCUGUGCAGUGCCUUUUUUUUAAAUAAACAAUUUUUAUAAGA